CACUGGGACUGGAACAAGUGUCUCUGCAACGACAAGCAUUGUGAUCGAAAGGAUUGGAAUUGUAAGGACUGGGACUGGAAUAAGUGCAUUUGCAACGACAAGCCUUGCCAGAAGGAUCCUAAGUUUGAGUAUUUAAACACCACGGCUCUUGGGGAUGAGUCGCCUCCAACGGGGGUCAAACAAUACACGACUACGAACCCACCUCCAGCAAAUCUACAAUCGUUUUUCGAGAAACGGAACCAACUCUUUACAAAAUUUGACGAUGGAAUCUGGUUGAAUGACGAAGGUUGGUAUAGCGUGACCCCCGAACAUCUCGCAGACAAGAUCACCAAUCGCAUCAUCGAACAACUCCGAUUACACGAUCAGGAAGGCGCCGCCUCAACUAAGAAGUACCACCUUAUGGACGCCUUCUGCGGCCCAGGCGGAAACGUCCUUUCCUUCGCUCGUCACCAAUCCGGCGUCUCGCACGUCACCACCGUCGAUAUUUCCAAAGAUAUGUUGCGGAUCGCCAAUCAUAACGCCUCGAUCUAUCAGGUACCGGCCGGUUCAAUUCGGUUUGUGGAGGGAGAUAUCUUGCGAAGUUCUGAGGAGCUGAAACAUCCUUCCCGAUCGAAACUGAGAGGGGACUGGAGUGUCAAGCACAUUGACGCAAUUUUCAUGAGUCCGCCUUGGGGAGGUACGAAAUACAAGAAGCGAGAAGGAGACGAAGGAUUUGAGACUGCGCCGGCGUUUGACUUGGAUGCGAUGCCAGUUCCAAUUGCUAGUAUCAUCGCUGCAGCCAAACCCAUCACCCCGAACCUGGCAAUCAUGUUGCCUCCCACGACAGACCCGGAAGACGUGAAGAAACAUCUGGACGGCCUGCCCAUUGAAAUCGAGCAAUAUAUUGUAGAUGGGGUACUGAAGUUCAUUGUCGCUUUCACUGGAGAUCUGGCAAAGUUGGGUUCAUGA